CCUACACGUCACUCUCACUCAUCCUUGAUUUGCUAUAUUUAGUUGAACCAAAACCUUUCCUAAACAUUUUCCAGAAUAUAUCAUUAACCUUAUUAUAUUCGGAUAUUACUGUUUCCCAUCCCAGAACACUGAUCGAGAAACAGAGAAAGUUAUGGCCAAGUUACCAGCUUCUUGGCCCAUUUUUACUCCAAUUGUGCCGGUUAUCGCCGCCGUGUUCUUCUACCGGUUCGAGAGCUUCGACCCGGUUCCGUAUCCGGAUCACGAGCUGGUCGACGGUGAACCCCUGUUUGUUCCGAAGCGGAACAGCCAAUUGCUCCGCGGCUCAGAGAAGAUCGGGGAGGGUCUGUUGGCGGCGCCGGAGGACGUCGCAUAUGACCCGAAGACAGGGCAGUUGUAUACGGGCGGCGUUGAUGGGUGGGUCAGCCGUGUCUGGGUAAAUGGCUCUGCGGCGGAGAUGGUUGUGGAGAAAUGGGUCAACACCGGCGGGAGACCGUUAGGAAUUGCUCACGGUGUCAACGGCGAAGUCAUCGUUGCAGACGCUUACAAGGGACUGCUUAACAUAAGCAGAGAUGGAGGGAUAAAUUUACUGACAGAUGAAGCUGAAGGGGUGAAAUUUAAGCUGGCAGAUGGUGUUGAUAUUGGUGGCGAUGGCAUAGUCUACUUCACCGACGCUUCACACAAGCACUCCUACAAGGAUCACGCUCUCGACCUCUUAGAAGGUCGCCCCAACGGCAGAUUCCUGAGCUAUGAUCCUACCACCAAACUCACAAAAGUGCUGCUCAAAGAUCUGUACUUCCCAAAUGGAGUUGCUGUUUCUCCUGACCAGACCUUUGUUGUGUUCUGUGAAACGCCAAUGAGGAGGUGCAGAAGGUAUUACAUACAAGGUCCAAAAAAGGGAAGUGUUGAUAUGUUCGUUGUGAAUUUGCCUGGAUUGCCCGACAACAUAAAAUAUGAUGGGGAAAGCCUAUUCUGGAUUGGCUUAAGCACGGAGGCAGAUAUGUUUGAGUGGUUAAAAAGGUACCCUUCAAUAAGAAAAAUUGUGGGUAUGAUGGAGAAGUACACGGGACGACCAGUUGUAGAGAAAAACGGAGGGACAAUAGCGAUAGAUUUGGAGGGGAAGGCAGUUGCAUACUAUUACGACAAACACAUCUCGCUCAUUACAAGCAGUGUUAAAAUUGGAGAGCAUUUGUACUGUGGUUCAUUAAAUCGUUCUCAUAUCCUUCGUCUCAAACUCACUCACUUUCCCGCAACCCCUCCUACUCUAUGAUCUCAUUAAUGCCCAUGAAAGUCAUCAUCCCACGUUUCGUAUUUUAUCAAUACAUUUUAUGAAGUCUAAUUUGCUCUAUUUAAAGUGUCAUUUUGUGAAACAACUUCAAGUGAUAAUAUCAUACUACAAAAGGCAUACCUUGGGUUUUUACUUCAACUGAUAAUACCAUAGUCCC